AUGGCACCGCUUACUUCUGCUGAUGCUGCUGCUGAGCAGUUGUCACUCGUCAAGCGUUUUUGGGGCGGAUACGGUGUGUUUAUCAUCUUUCCUUGGAUCAAAGCAGAUGCUCAUAUUACAAUAACUGUACUGGCUGGUACUAUUGGAGUUAUUCUUGUCGUUGCCCUGCUGUGCUGCUGGCUGUGGGUAUGCACGAGAAAUAGAAAACGCGCAAAGACAGGACAACCUCCCGCCUACGCAACAACCUGGAUGGGCCCCGCAGGUGGCUACUACCACACCCAGCAACCAGUGCAAACCCAACCCACCGGCCCAGGUCCUUACUACGCCGGCGCGCAGCAACAGAACCAGUAUCAACCGCCUCCGCCUGCGUACGGCACGCAUCCGCCCGCGAACGAUCCCUAUCCCCAGCAAACCGGUGUCGGCAGCGGCGCGGCAGACACGUACUACUACGGCCAGGACGGAUCGAACAGUAACUCGAACGGCAACUAUAACAACGCUACUGCGAGAGAGGAGUACGAGAUGCGUGAUUACCCGCCGCCGAACUCGCCGCCUCCUUCACAUGCAAAGUACAAUUCGUAA